AUGUCUCAAUCAGAUUCAACGAUAGUGCAAAUAGAUAAUGGCGAAUUGGUUUAUUAUACAGAAUUAGAAAAACAUAUUAAUUCCUUAAGUGAAAAAUUUCAAGCAAAAAGUGUUAUCAAACAGAGUGUUUAUGAUGAUAUCGUUAAAUUUUUACUAUUAUCCAAGGACAAACCAUUAAGCUUGUUUUCUUCAAAAUUUAUUUUUUGGGUAAAAAAAUAUUUCAUUGUAAUUAAAAUUGCUGGUAUUGAUAUUGCUUGUUAUAUAAAAUCCAAAAAACCCAUUUGUAUUUAUGAAAGUUAUUAUAAUGUUAUACGUGAAGCACAUACUACUAUUUCUCAUGGAGGUCGUGAUAAAACAAUACAUGAACUUAAUUCUCAUUAUUCAUGGAUUCCACGAUUUGCUGUUGAAAUAUUUUUAAAACAACGUAUUUCGUGUCAAACACGAAAACCAAUUAAACAACAUGUAAUUACUAAACCUAUUAUUUCACUCGGAGUAAUGACAAGCAAAUUUACUUGGGCAUAUCCAUUAAAAAACAAAAGUGCUGUCGAUGUAACAUUAAAAUUACGUGAAUUAUUUUUUGUUUUUGGGCCACCAAGAAUAUUGCAUAGUGACAAUGGACGUGAAUUCGUCGCAAGUGUAAUAUAUGAAUUAAAGGAAUUAUUUCCAGAUAUGAUUUUUAUUAGAGGCAGACCAAGACAUCCGCAAACCCAAGGCUGCAUUGAAAGAGCAAAUGGAGUUUUAUGCGAUGCUCUUGGUAAAUGGAUGAGUAUAAACAAUUCUUCACAUUGGUCAGAUGGUUUAUUACCCGUAGUUUAUGGCAUUAAUACAAGAUUAUCGGUUGUCACUAAAACAACACCAUAUCAAGUUAUGUUCGGCCAAGCACCUCGUUCUGAUUCAGAUUUUUGGAAAAUUGCUGAAGAAAACAGAGUUAUUGAUGAAGAAGAUUUACCUACACCAGUUACUGAUUUAAAUGAUGAUAAUAUCAUGAAUGAUAAAAAUAAUGAUUUCAAUGAUUGUCCUGAGAAUAUUGAUGAAGAUAUUAUUCAAUUUGUUCAACAAUUAUCUGAUGACGCUGGUGCAAGUUCAUUAGUUGAUAUUUAA